AUGCGUGGAUGAGUUACACAUCGCUCUUCAAAUUUCACUAAAUGAUAUCCCUCUCGUCAAUGAAAAAUAUAAUCUAACUCUUCAACCGAGUGAAACAAAUCCCAGUGAAUCAGUGACUUCUAAUUAUUAGCGUAGAAACAGCCGGUUGUCGAUUUAAAAAUACUAUCUGUAACAUCCCCGAUAUUAAAGUUUGAGACAUUUCUCAUAAUGAUAUCCCUCUCAAUUAUAAAAAAUAUAAUUUAAUUCUUCAACCAAGUGCAACCAAUCCCAGUGAAUCGUCUUCUAAUUCCUAGUUUUAAAAAACUCGGUUUCCCGGUUUCAAAAUAUCCUGAACAUCCCCGAUAUAAAAGUUUUCGACAAGAUCUAACCGAAAAUGAAGUUUAGGGAUUCAAAAUCUUCAAAGAAGAGAUUUUCGAAUUAUAAUUACAAAUACGAAGUGAAUCUAAAAAGUGGUGAUUUGAAGAAUGUGGUUUAAUUUAAGAACUGAGAUUGUGUUGAGAGUUUGAUUUUGGAAAUUGUUGAUUUUUGUGUUGGGCGCCAAAAGACUUUGAGCAAGAGCAAGAAGAUGAAUGCGAUUUGGACAGUAAUGGUCCUAAUGGCAAUUACGAGCCUCGUAAAAGCCUGGGGCAUUUACCACACCGGUCAUCCAGGGACUGACACGAAAUGCGAAAGGCUGAGCGUUUCCUUUUGUCGAGGUCUCGGAUACAAUCUGACAUCCAUGCCGAACUUUAUGGGCCACGAAAAUCAGUUGCAGGCCGAACGUGGGCUGACAGCGUUGAUGCCUCUGGUUCACUACAACUGCUCACGUCACCUAAAGAUCUUUCUCUGCGCUGUUUUCGCUCCAGUAUGUUCCGAGAAUGUUGCAAUUCCAGCUUGCAAGCCUCUCUGUUUAUCAGUGAGACGAGCUUGCGAACCCGCCUUGACAAGUUUCACCUUACCAUGGCCAAACAUGCUCGAUUGUGAUCGAUUCCCCGACAGUGGGACACUGUGCGUGCAACCGCCGCCGGAAGAGGCUUUAUCGGAAACCCUAUCGCCGGCUGUACCCGCAAUUCAGCAGCAAUGGCCUGUUCAAUCACUGCAACCUGUACAGCUACCUGCGGCAACCAAUCAUCAUCAUCAGUGCCCAUCGCACUUUAUCCAGACGCCGGAUAUCGACAUUAUCUCGUGCGUGCCGAGGUGUGGAGCUGACGCUUAUUACAGGGCAGAAGACAAAAGAUUCGCCGAACGCUGGAUGAUCGGCUGGGCCUGGCUUUGCUUCCUCUCGACGCUUUUUACUCUCCUCACAUUUUGGGUGGAUCCUUCCCGAUUUCGGUAUCCUGAAAGGCCGAUUGUCUUCCUUGCUCUCUGCUACAAUUUACUGUCCCUGGCCUUCAUCAUCAGAGGUGCAGUCGGCUCGGAAAAUUUGAGCUGUGCUAGUCAACGUGAUGGACCCAGUUAUGUUCCUGUACACGAUGGUUUGCGAAGCAUACCCUGCACAAUUUGGUGGCUCGCAAGAUACUAUCUGACGCUAGUGAGCACCGUUUGGUGGACAAUUCUCUGCGGAUGCUGGUUGCUGAGUGCGAGGCAUGAAUGGAGCAGCGAAGCGCUUCACAACAUCGCAAGAUAUCUGCACGCCACCGCCUGGGGUCUACCAAUCCUCCUCACUGCUGGCACCUUGAUCUCGAGGAACAUCGUAGCCGACGAGCUAACAGGACUCUGCCAGAUCUCCGAUGAAGCUGCCCUCUGGUUGGAAGUCCUGCCUCACGCCGCAUUCCUUCUUCUCGGCUGUGUUUUCGCCUGCUUGGCAGGCGGCGCCCUCGUUCGGGUGAGAAGAGCAGUCAGAUCCGCGGGUCGAAGUGCAACCAAAUUGGAGAGGCUGAUGACGAGACUGGGGAUCUUCGCCUUGCUCUACGCCUUGCCCGCUCUGGGCACUUUGGCCUGCACAGUUCACGAGUCCCAUGUGAAGCCCAGGUGGAGAACUUUGGCUCUCUUAGCGGCUCUCGACUGCAGGGCGACGGAGAAUUGUGUUCCUGGUCCAGUUUACAGUGCUGCGGGGUUGGAAGUGGCCCUGUUGAGGCUUUUCCUCUCGCUGGUGAUUGGCGUCACCGCGGGAAUGUGGGUCUGGUCUGGGAAAACCUGCAGAGCCUGGAGCAGAUUGCUGGCGGCACCGAGCAAACCUUCGAGGCCUUUGAAUAUUGACGCUAACCAACACAUCGAUUACAACAUGUUUCGGGGCUUGAAGCCCGAGUCGGUUGCUGUCGCGUGAAGGACUUGUUUUUAGGUUAGGUUAAAUAUAUUUGUACAUUUUGUAAAUAUUGUAAAUCGCGAUUCUGCAUCGUUAAACAGAAAAGACUGUACAGAACUAUUUUAGGGAAAUUAAAUUUAUAUUUUAAAAACCUUUGCUUUAUUUUAUUGGAUGAUGACCUAUUGGAGAAGGAAAUGUCCACCGCGACAAAAGGGGCGGUGAAGUACAGUGGUGAAAAAAACAUUUUUUUUUGGACAAAAAUCGAGCGACAAUACAUAGUCAUUUUCAUUUAUGAGUGGAAGCUUAGACGCCGCCAUGACACUUAGUGGGCAUUUAAAAAUCUCGGUCAUAUUUUUUGUAAAAU